GUCAACAACGAACUCGAGUCCAAGUCCGUGGCCGUGGUUAUGGAUGCAGAAUGCAUUCGCAACCGGGAUGGCUUCAGGCUUUUGGUGGAUCUGGAGGCCAUUGGGAAGCGCCUGGCGCAGCGGUCGGGCGGAAACGGCUCUGUCUUGGUUCUGGCGGUUUUUGGCACUUCGCCAUUUUCCCUGACCAACUUUUUCCGUCCCGAGCAUGUUAUCAGUACCUGGGAGCCGAAACAUGGGCUCCUACAGGUUGGAGGCCCUCUGCGUCACGAGUUCGCCGCCAUGUGGGCACACCUAUCACCCAUGCUCGGCACGAUUCCCAAGCCCACCCUAGAGAAUAUAACUUGGCUGGAUGAUAAAGCCGACAGCGAGAUGACCACGAUGGCCGCACUUCACGUCGCCAAAGUGCUAAAGGGCCACUACCUCGUCCGAAUCGAUAAGGCAAACAUAAGCUAUGCCGUGUCUUUCGGCGUCAACGUCAGCCUCGUCGUCAGCAAACUACACCCAAAUUUUGGUAUGGGCUUCGAAAUGACCAAGUAUUGCAGGGUUUUCCGCGGUGUACUUCCGGUAUAUCCCCCAGAGCUCAGGAUGUUGGUGCAGUUGGCACAUGGCAACCACAGAUGGGCCAACAAAGACAUUCGUUUCGCCUGGAUCAUAUCGGCGGCUGGUUGUGACGUAAUGGAUACUCGGCCGUGUCGGACGCUGGGAGAGGAUAUCCGGUGGACGGCGCUUUCGUUGUGUGGAUCUAUCUAUAUGCCACAUGGGGAUAUAUCCGAUCUGUGGACCUAUCUAAGGGAAACACCGUCCGUCUCGGGCGUGUUCGGCCGCAUCUGGGACGUGCUCCGUCGGAUGGAGCUUAUAAAUGCCAAGGAGGAUAAUGGCAAGAUGUGGGAGAUGAACCCGAUCUUGCGUACCUUGGAGAACCAGGUUUUAUCUGCGAACCUUGGGUGGCGCUGUUAUUCCGUCUCGGCGGCAGCGCUCUGGGUUAAGGCAAAGCAGACCGAUAACGCCUUCUUACGGCGGCUGUUUAUCCGGAUAGGCGCGAUAGUUGCCAUCGGAAUGUCGGGUGUGUCUGUCGUCGACGAUUUGCCGGAGCCUGCAUUGAAUGACAUAUGGACGGCAGUAGAGCCUUUUUGCCUCGGCGGGAUGCGCCGAGGCAUUAUUUGGAUUCUGCUGGGGGUUUAUGAGCGCAAUGCGAACAACAAUGCUUUCCGACUUACGGGAUGGGCGCAUGGGGGGCUCUCGGAUGACCUAGACCGGUCCGAGCAGUCACGGACUCCUUUAAUCACUAUCCACCGUGUACUGGCCUUGGAAGGCAUAUUCGGCCUGGAACCUGCAAAGUACGCUUGGAUAUCCGAUGGAGUGUCCGCCAUAAGCCGGAAGGAUAUGAGUGCCCUUUACGAUGGGAUUUAUCGUGCUCUGGUGGAGAAUCUAGUCGCUCUCGGACCGUCUGGGUCGGCCUCGGAUGUGUGUAGCCUGCUCGAGAGAAGCCAGCCAGUAAAGGUGUGUACCGGUCACUUAAUUAACCCCAAGCUACGGACUACGGUAACACUCGGGGUUACUCUCUCUGUGCAGUACGACCUGGCAAGCAGCUCGCUAAUUGCGCAUGGGAUGACGAUUCUUCCGGCCGAGGGUCUUGAAACUAUUUUGCGUUAA